UUAGAAUCUGGGCGAACAUAUUGGGCAGUGAAUAGCAAAGCAAAAAUCCAUAAGAAUGAGAAUGGAGCAACUUUGUAUUAACAGGUGGGCAACAACGCAGUUGAAAAAAUGCCAGGCUAACCAAUGUGUUACCAGCUCUCGGUUUCCCAAAAUGGUACUGAUUCCUUUGAAUUGGAGGUACAUUGUAUGGUUUACAUACAAGUCUGUCAAACAUUCUAGCAUCAGCCAUUUACAGUCUGCAGAAUUAGAAUGAUGAAAGAGAUUGUACAUGACUUCGCAUUGCUAAUCCUCAAUCGCAUGGACUUCUCCAUCCAUCUGAUCACUUGGAGCUCCUUAGCAAGCCGGUCACGUCCCCAUAUAGAGGCUUGUAGACAUGCGUGAUGUUGGAGUUGCAAGCCCGGGAGCUGUCCAAGUGCUGAAAUACACUGGCUGGUCCGCUCUUCACUGACUUGAGCCGCCCUCUAUCCCCCUCCCACUCCCACCCUCCUCAACCCCAGCGAAUAUGGUGCCGGCGCCUCCCGGAGGGGAGCCCAAUCUCAACCGCUUCCCUCAACAUGAAGUUUGAUUCCUCCCGUUCCCCUGACGUCGUGUUUACGGAGGGGUUUUGGGAAAAGAUGCCAUUCUGACGCUCCUCACUCCCCACAGCAACAGCGCGAUCUCCAAGUCUCCCGGCGCACGAUGAUACUGAGGACUGAUGCCCUGCAUUGUCCUCCCUCCGCCCGCGUCUCAUUCGCCGACUGUUUGGGUGGAAAGCGUUGGAUCUGACUUCCCCACACGAUUUGCCGAGUGUUUUUUAUUUGAAGAAGGGGGUGGGGUGGGGUGGGGAGAGCCGUUGUUUCCAGAACACUGCGCUCGAUAUCAGACAGACAGAUAGGGAGAUAAGAGUUUGGCGGAAUGCAUCGACCAGUUGUGAAAAUCCUGACAACAGUGUUCGCGUGCUUCCUGGAAACCAGCAACUUCAGGUUAGCCCUCUCCAAGGAACAUGAUUCCAGGUCUUCAGCCAAACCGGCCUCGCAGACCAUGUCCCCCUCGGAUUUCCUGGAUAAACUGAUGGGAAGGACGUCUGGAUACGACGCCCGAAUCAGACCGAAUUUUAAAGGUCCUCCAGUAAACGUUACAUGCAAUAUUUUUAUCAACAGUUUUGGCUCUGUCACGGAAACUACAAUGGACUACAGGGUGAAUAUAUUCUUGCGACAAACAUGGAAUGAUCCACGAUUAGCCUACAGCGAAUAUCCUGACUCCUCCUUAGAUUUGGAUCCUUCCAUGUUGGACUCCAUUUGGAAGCCUGAUUUGUUCUUUGCCAAUGAAAAAGGGGCCAACUUCCACGAAGUGACAACAGAUAACAAACUGCUCCGUAUUUUCAAAAACGGAAAGGUUUUGUAUAGUAUAAGGCUGACAUUAACAUUAUCUUGCCCAAUGGACCUGAAAAACUUUCCAAUGGAUGUGCAAACAUGCGCGAUGCAGUUGGAGAGCUUUGGGUACACAAUGAAUGAUCUGAUAUUCGAGUGGCUGGCAUGGGGGGCAGUACAGGUUGCAGAUGGACUGACCCUUCCACAGUUUCUUCUGAAGGAUGAGAAGGAGCUGGGAUACUGCACGAAGCACUAUAAUACGGGAAGAUUUACCUGCAUCGAAGUUAAGUUCCAUUUGGAAAGACAGAUGGGUUAUUACCUAAUCCAGAUGUACAUUCCAAGUCUGCUGAUCGUCAUACUGUCCUGGGUCUCAUUCUGGAUUAACAUGGAUGCAGCACCAGCAAGAGUUGCCCUGGGCAUCACCACAGUACUGACGAUGACUACCCAGAGUUCCGGCUCACGAGCUUCACUUCCAAAGGUCUCAUAUGUCAAGGCCAUAGAUAUAUGGAUGGCAGUGUGUCUACUCUUUGUGUUUUCUGCCUUGUUGGAAUAUGCUGGUGUAAACUUUGUAUCACGCCAACACAAAGAGUUUCUGCGCCUGAGGAGAAAACAGAGAAGACCAAAUAAGGAUAAUGAUUUGGUUCUGGAGAGUCGCUUCAACUUCAGUGGAUACGGGGUGGGUCAUUGCCUUCAAGUCAUGGAUGGCAGUACUGUCACGACGGUCGCUCCAGCUCCUCCACCGCCACAGCCCACGGAUGCAGAAGCCGUCAGGAAGAAGUUCAUUGACAGAGCAAAAAGGAUUGACAUGAUAUCCCGUGCUGCCUUCCCUUUGGCAUUCCUCAUUUUUAACAUCUUUUACUGGAUUACAUACAAAAUUAUACGACAUGAAGAUGUCCAUCAGUAGUAGGCAGUAGGCAGCGUGCCCUAGCAGAAGGCUUGUCCUCGCCUGGACUGUGCGUGACCAAGUUGUGCUAAAUAAUCUUUAUUGUUCACUGUCUCUCAAUAAAAUGACUAACGCAGAAUGAAGAAACGCUUAAUGUUUGCAUUCAGUUGGGAUAGCAAUAGAAUGCAAAACUUUAAAAUCCUAAAAUAAGGGCGCAGUGUACUGCAUUAACCUUCGAGACGUCUUCUUCCAAUGUCUGCCCUUGACUGAAUUAUUUUCUCUGUAAACUUGCCCAUUGCCAAUUCUGGAAGACUGAGAUAACUGAGCCUGUAUGAUGUUAGUGGACAGAGGUUUGGAGGGGAGGGGGGGGGGGGGGGAUGGGGGGGGAGAUGGAAGAGGAAUAGAGGCAGUGGAUCAAGGAGAAGAAAGCAAGUGGAAGGUUGAUUCAUAUUUUUAAGGAGUGGUAGUUUUUAUGGAUAUGCAACGGAAACAAAAUAUCACUUUUUUUUCAAAGAUUGGUAUGUUUACAAUGGUUCCAGUACAAUGAAUCAAGAGCGGACCAAAAUUUUACAGAAAACCACUGCCUUUAUAUUAAAACAAUAUCCAACUGAGCUGCAUUCCAUUCUUUGUAGACAUUAGUGAUCACCAGGCUCAUUUUGUGAUUUUAAGCAUUCUUUCUAUGUGUGAAAACAAAAUUAUUACUGAUAUUCUGGUGGAACAUUUUAAUAUUUUUCACAUCAGAAAGAAAAUUAAUAAUUGAACUAAGAUAUUAAAACUGUUUAAUGUCAUGUGAUUUAUUUAAUGGCACAAAAAGUCAGAUUGUAAUCACUUAUUAUUUGAAUAUCUAGGAAGAUCCUCACGAAUUUAAAAUAUUCUGUUGCUUGCUUCACCUGCAUUUCAAGGUACC